UCAGUUCCGGGACCAGCUCAUUGCUCAGUGUGUGUAUGGUCAGGUGUUGGCUCCGCAGUUCCAUCCAUCAAGAGAUAACUCUUAAGUUGAAUGUAGUAACGAUGUGGAUUUUGGCUAUUCUAUUAUAUGUGCUAGACACAACAGAUGGACAACGAUCAUUUCUAGAGGAGAUUCAAAGACAAUAUUUAAAACAAGGAAUUCCUUUUCGAGAAAACAUAUACAUAGAUAACUUGCCCGUGCUUCAGCAAUAUGACUUCAUAAUAGUAGGUUCCGGUCCUACCGGAUCAGUCAUAGCGAACAGGCUUUCUGAAGUCCCUUAUUGGAAUAUUUUACUCUUAGAAAAAGGUCUAGAAGGGAACUUCUACAAUGACCUUCCAUUCACAAAUCCGUUUUUGGUCUUAGGGGACUUCAGCGUGAUGAUUGAUGUUGAAAGAGAAGAGAACGUUUGCUUAGGCCUAGUAGACAAAAGGUGUCAUUGGCCUUCUGGAAACGGAGUAGGUGGAGCAACGUUAAUUAAUGGAAUGAUGUACACUCGAGGACAUCCUUCGGAUUACGACAGUUGGGCACUGGCAGGAAAUCCCGGAUGGUCAUUUAGCGAAGUUUUGCCUUAUUUCUUAAAAAGUGAAAACAUGUCGAUAAGUACUUUGGCCGGAUCGCCAUACCAUUCCACGAACGGCCCUCUUCAUAUUGACAGUCCUUUUACCUCGAAAUUGGGAAAACUUUUCUUAAAAGCCGGAGAAGAACUCGGAUAUCCCAUUGUGGAUUACAAUAACCCGGAAACUAUGGAGGGAUUCAGUACCACUCAGAUCACAGCGAAAAGAGGAAGAAGACAUAGCGCAGCAACGGCAUUCUUGUUACCGGUAAAAUCUAGGACUAAUUUACACAUUGUUAAAAACGCUUUUGUUACAGAAAUUCUAAUUAGCCCCUCUACGAAGAAGGCUUAUGGAGUGAAGUAUUUAAAAAAUAACAAAGAAAGAACUGUACGCGCAACAAAUGAAGUAAUUGUUUCUGCUGGCGCAUUUGAUUCCCCCAAAUUGUUGAUGUUAUCAGGAAUAGGACCGAGAAAUGAUUUGAAGAGCAUGAAAAUACCCAUCAUUGCAGAUCUUCCGGUAGGAAAGAAUUUACAAGAGCACCUUGGUACACCAGUUCUCAUGUUUUUAAUCAAUACAACAGACAGUUACAAUGUACCGAAACUAUUGAGAACGAUGCCCAUCGAUUUCAUUCAAUGGUACAGUGGUGUGAAGAACAUCUAUGCCAAUAAUGGAGCAGAAGCCAUUUCCUACAUGAUGACAAAGUAUGCAGAAGGGAAACCGGACAUCGAGCUAAUUCUAGCUCCAUCGUCCCUUAUUGCAGACGACGGCUUAAUGUUGAGAAAGACUGUCGGUAUUACUGACGAGGUAUACUUCAAGACCUGGGGGAAAUUAAAGUACGCCGAAUCUUUUCAAAUAGCACCAUUGAUGAUGUACCCCAGAAGCAGGGGUGAACUGAGAUUGAGAAGCCGAAAUCCUAAAGACCCGCCGUUGAUAGAUGGGAAUUUCUUUGCUGAUUCUUAUGACAUUAAAGUUAUGAUUGAAGCGAUUAGAGCAGCCAUUAAGAUUACGGAAACCAAUACCUUUAGGAAAAUCGGUGCCAAGCUGUAUCAAGUUCCAUUAUUCGGUUGCGAACAGUUUACCUUCAACUCGGAUGACUACUGGGAGUGUGCUAUAAGAUCAGUACCUGUACAGUAUCACCACCAAUCCGGGACCUGUAGAAUGGGACCCGAACGAGGUGAUUCUGUGGUGGACCCGAGACUGCGGGUUCAUGGAGUAGCGGGCCUAAGGGUGGCCGACGCUUCCAUAAUGCCCGUUAUGCCGGGUGUCCACACGAUGGCUGCCUGCUAUAUGAUCGGGGAGAAGGCUGCAGAUAUGAUAAAGGAGGAUUGGGGGUUCAACAAUCUAUAAAAAUGAACUGAUAAAAUACAUGAGUAAGGAUAUAUUGUACAUAAUUAAAAUAGUUUAAAUAAACAGACUGAUCUCUACAAAAUAAGUAGUAACGUAUCGAAAGAUAUUAUUGAAUUUAUUUAUAAAUUAUAAUUUGUUCCAAAUAAAUUAUUUCAUUAUAUAUUAC